AUCCAAAAUCCCAUUAACUCGAAAAUAGUAAUAACAAAUCAGAGAAGCUCCCUAGAAGAAGCCUCGAAUAAAAAAACACAAAAUAACUAAAUAAAGCAAUGGCACAGCAUCAGCAUUCUCCUCAAAGGCUAAGAGAUCAGGAAAACACACGGCCGCAUGAACUAUACGGCGACGUUUUCAGCGUCUCCGGUGAUGAUGACGUGGCAAGAAAGCAAGGCGUUAGUUUCUCUCAACCUGAUCCAACGGUUGCGACGAUGGGAUCCGCAGACACGGUUACGAUUGGAGAGGCUUUGGAGGCUACGGCUUUAUCUCUUGGAGAUAAGCCUGUGGAUCAUAAAGACGCAGCUGCCAUUCAAGCCGCCGAAACUAGAGCCACCGGUGAGUCUAUGGCUCGACCUGGUGGUCUUGCAGUAGCGGCUCAAGCGACCUGGUGUCACCGACUUGUUUCAUUCUAAAAGUCUAAUAAAUUGGUGCAUUCGGAUUGUUGGGUUGUGUAGGAUGCUGCGGAGAAGCUUCCAGGAGACAAGGUGGUGACAAGUGAAGAUGCCGAGGCGGUGGUUGGAGCGGAACUUAGAAGCAGUUCUGAGAUGAAGACAACUCCUGGUGGUGUGGCAGAUUCCAUGUCGGCCGGGGCAAGGCUCAAUCAGCAACUCUAGCUAAGUUUCUCUUCUUUUGGUCUCUUGGGCCAUUAAUGAAGUUGUACAUGAAGGAAUAAAAGAGAUGGUUUUCUCUAUCAAUUCGCUCCUUUAUUAUAUAUAUGUUUAUAGAAAUUCUCAUAUUAUUUGCAAGAAUUUCACAUGAA